UCCAUGUCGCCCAGAGCAGCUAACUGCAGCAGCAACUGACCACCCUCGAGAACAUGGCACUGCCCAUGAAGCUUCUCCUGCUUUCUGCAUUUCUGCCCCUCCUCCUGCUCCAAGGGGCGGCGAGGUCGGCGUCGUCGGCGUCGGCGUCGCCGGCUGCUGGGAAGUGCGCGGCGUCGAGCGUGGAGGUGGAGCAGACGAACACCGGCGAGAAGGUGGGCUACGACCCGGUGUUCGAGGUGACGGUGCGGAACCGGUGCGCGUGCGCGCUGCGUGGCGUGCACCUCCGCUCCGAGGGGUUCGCCAGCUCGGUCGCCGUCGACCCGCGGCUGUUCCGCCGCGAGGGCCGCGACUACCUCGUCGGCGACGGCCGCCGGAUCGAGCCCUCCGCCGCCUUCCGCUUCCGCUACGCCUGGGACCGCGCCUUCCGCAUGACGCCGGCCGCCGUGCAGGACGACUGCUCCUGAAUCACCACCACCACCAUCAUCGUCGUCGUCAUCGCAGCGUCCCUAAUUAACUGCGACGAACAAAUGGUGAUGCAAAAAUGUGUGUAUUAGCGUAUAGUGACAGUUGAUUAAGUAGUAACUAGUAAAAGUACUUAGUUCGAGGUGUUCUUGCUAAUGGCAACGGGUGGCAUGAUCACUGGGCAUUGGCAUGUGCCGAAGAACAAAUCGAGAUUCUGAAAAGCGAAAGGUGGAUGAGACUUUCCUUUUUAGCUGAGCA